AUGAUUAGAGAUCUCACCCACCUCAGUGGAUCCAAAGAUGAGAUAGUGUUUGCGUUCUAUCUUUUCCCUGCACAGACUGAAGAUGGGGGCGUCAUUGACUGUGUUGAUAUCUACAAGCAACCAGCUUUUGGCGAUCCUUUGCUCAAAAAUCACACUAUACAGAUGAGACCUAGUGAUUAUCCUGAAGGAAAGGUUGGGAAGGCUUCGCCUAGGUCAGUUCAACAGACGUGGCAAAAGAGUGGCAGUUGCCCUGAAGGAACGGUCCCGAUUCGAAGGACAACCAAGAAUGACUUGAUGAUCAGACCUGUGUACCCUUAUAUCUCCGGGAAGGAAUAUGAAAAUGGUAUCUUAGAAGUUGCUGGGGCAAGCGUAAAUAACCGACAGUAUUACGGAACAACUUUUGAUGUGGGUGUUUGGAACAUAGACGUCCAGAGUAAUGAAUUCAGUAUGGCUGCAGUUUUUAUCGCCAACAACGAUAAUUGGAUUACUGUUGGAUGGAAGGCAGAUGGGGGCCACAAGACAGGGUGCUACAACCUCCUGUGCUGGGGUUUCAUUCAAGUAGACCAUACGAUAGUCCUUGGUGACUUCCUUUCUUCCGUUUCAACCUACGACGGUGCUGAUUAUUACCUGCCACUUACCGUGUACUUGGACCGUACAAACAACAAGUGGUGGCUGGGAAUAUUCGACGUUAAAUGGGUGGGAUACUGGCCUCUCCAUAUAUUCAGCAAUCUCAACGGUGCAUCCAGGAUUCAUUGGACAGGACAGGUCCUCAAUACUGAAAGUGGGGGCUAUCACACGUUCACCAAAAUGGGGAGUGGCCAUUUCUCAUCGGAGGGCUAUAGAAAGGCAGCCUAUUUCGCGAACAUGUAUGUGAUGGAUGACAAAAACACCUAUCAACAACCAUAUGGAGCUAAGUCCUAUGCAAGCAGGCCAGGGAUUCUUUUGAAGAUUGUUUCUGUCAUGGAGAAAGCAAAGCUUGGAAAGAUCAUGUUAUUCAAAGUCACCAUUCUUACUAAAGAUGGGGACAUCAUUGAUUGUGUUGAUAUCUACAACCAACCAGCUUUUGGAGAUCCUCUGCUCAAAAAUCACACCAUACAGAUGAGACCUAGUGAUUAUCCCAAAGGAAAGGUUAGGAAGGCUUCACCCAGACCAAUUCAACAGACAUGGCAAAAGAGUGGCAGUUGCCCUGAAGGAACGGUCCCGAUUCGAAGGACAACCACGAGUGACUUCAUCAGACCCAUGUCCCCUUACAUCAACGGGAAGGAUAAUCAAAAUGCUAUCAUAGAAGGUGCUGGGGCAAGCGCGAAUAAUGGACCGUAUUAUGGAUCAAUUUUUGACGUGGGUGUAUGGAACGUGGAAGUCCAGAGUAAUGAAUUCAGUAUGGCUGCAGUUUUUAUCACCAACAACGAUAAUUGGAUAACCGUUGGAUGGAAGAUUAUGCAGAGUCAAUUUGGAGACAAUCAAACCAGACUCUUUACUUAUUGGACUGCAGAUGGAGGCCACAAGACAGGGUGCUACGACCUCUUAUGCUGGGGUUUCAUUCAAGUAGACCAUACUAUAGUCCUUGGUGACACCCUUUCUCCCGUUUCAACCUACGGCGGUGCUGAUUAUUACGUGCAACUUGAAGUAUUCUUGGACCAUACAAACAACGAGUGGUGGCUGGGAUACGACGAUAAAUGGCUAGGAUACUGGCCCCUCAAUAUAUUCAGCAAUCUCAACAGUGCAUCCUGGAUUCAUUGGACAGGUCAGGUCCUCAACACUGCAAGUGGGGGCCACCACACGUUCACUCAAAUGGGUAGUGGCCAUUUCCCAUCGGAGGGCUAUAGAAAGGCUGCCUAUUUCAGGAACAUGUAUGUGUUGGAUGACAAAAACACCUAUCAACAACCAUAUGGAGCUAAGUCCUACGCAACCAGGCCAGGUUGCUAUGGCAUUGAAGACAUCACAUAUGAUGAUUCAGAUAAUGGAAAUCACUUCUUUUAUGGUGGGCCAGGCGUUGGGAUCACUUGCCCUUAA